AACCUUUCGCACGUACCGUGCAAGUUCUUCAAACAAGGUACCUGCACUGCCGGCGCCAAUUGUGUCUUCUCCCACAGCCAAGACUUGACGUCCGAGUCGGCUGUAUGCAAGUACUUUAUCAAGGGCAACUGCAAAUUUGGUUCCAAAUGCGCCCUGCUCCACACCUUG